AAUGCGCAUGUUUGCUUUCAGUCAGCUGCUCUUGCUGAGAUCACGGUUGACUUAUUAUUUGCACGCGCCUUUGAAUGUGAAUCCGAAUUGUUGUAUAAAUUGUGACAUUUUAUAUUUUUUAAAAUGCGUUGCGCAGUGUUCGGAUGCAAUAAUAACAAUGUUAAAAAUACUGCUACGAAGUGGAGAUUUUUCCAUACACCUAACGAUAAAACAGUAAUAAAACUACGGAUUAAUUUUUGUCGUCGGGCGGACAAAUUUAAUGUUAAAAAUGCGUGCAUUUGUCAAGUGCCCUUCGCUCCAGAAACCUUUGAAAGCAAUUUGCUGUUUGAAAUGGGUUUAAGCUCGCGGAAGCCAACGAAGUUGCUACCCAGCUUUCGCAUGUUAACCACUGGUCCUGCAGAGGUUAAUGAACGGCAGUAAAGGAUUGAGUCUCAUUUAAACCAGGACGUGUUAGAAAAUUUGUUUGGCGUAAUCAGGUUAAAAGGCGGUCUUCACGAUCACCCUGACAGGCAGGAGCUCAAGUAUAGGCUGUAUUCCUAUAAACUUGGUAACAACGAGGGAGCGAUUACAGAUAAAUUAAAUGUUGAAGUCGGCAAUACCCCAAAAUUGGAUGGGAAUUACUUAUCUCUAAUCAGUAAUUAUCAAAAUAUUAAACGUACAUUAGGGUGGGUCGAUUCCGGACUU